GUCUGCAUACGGCACAGCUGUCAACGUUAAUACUGUAGUUUUAAAAAGAUAAAGUAUUUUUAAUACAAUCUGAUUAACAAAAAUAGUUGGAAAUUAUUCAAAUUGAUGUGUUGCGUAUAAAAUUUUAAUUAUGUUUGUACGAACUUUGAAGCUUAUUAUUAUUACUGCAUCAUAAUACUGUACUAUACGAUGAUUUUGUAUAGUACUAAAUUCAAUUCUUGAUCCUUGGAUCGAAUUGAAUCGUUUGAUAUAAAUGCAUAAUUUUCAUAGAAGAAGUCUCUUCAAUUUCACUAUGGUUUCCCACAUUCAGUUGAAGUUUCCAACCUUAGCUGUUUACACUGUAUCGCUUCCACUCGUCUCGUUCAUAUUUUGUGUUCUGUGGUCCCUGUUUUUUCAUUUUGAGAGUGCAACUUUUACUCACUGUCAAGUUCGAAACUAUUUGCCAUCCAUCAGCGCAGCCAUCGGUAGUUUUUCGCCUCAGAGAUACAUUUGGCAGAUAUGUGUUGCUAUCCAUUCUGCUCCUAGAUUUUUAGUGGUUUGUAUGUACUACAGUCAUCUGUGUGAUAUACUGUUUGCCGGAGCUUUAUGGAAUUAUUUGGCUCUACUUAUAUUCUUACUUCAAGCUGUGGAAGUGUCUAGUUUACUUGGACUAACGUUUGUAUCAUCUUCAGAAAAUUUCCAUGUCCAUGAAUUUUGCUUUAUAACUUUCAUGGUGUCUGCAUUAUCUAAUAUGUUAUUGUUAUACUUGACUAUGAAACAUGGAACUAAGCACAGGUUAACAGUUCAGGAGAAAUUAUCUUUAAGGUAUAAAUUUAUAUUUGGUAUGGUGAAUAUAAUUUCUUUUUUCCUAGCUGUGUACUUUUACUUCCGUCAUAAUUGGUAUUGUGAGCCCAUUGUGUACACUUUUUUUGCUUUUUUUGAAUACAUUGUUGUUGUCACAAAUAUGGGUUAUCAUAUGACAGCGUACUGGGAUUUUUCUGAUCACAUUAUUACUGUUAACUCGUGCUGUAGUCUCACUAUUACACCAAAGCAACAUACUAAAUAUGCUAUGAAUGACUUUGUGAUAAAAGUAGCAUAAAAUAUUUUUCUUAAUGAAAUAUUCAUAAAAGUUCAAAUUUGUCAUUCAUUCAAUUUCUAAUUUAUUUUCUUUAAGUUGUGCAUUUAUUAGUCAUUUAUACUUAUUUUGAUAUUGAAUCUAUUUUUGUACAGUAGUUUGGUUAACUAUAGCCUGUAUUUAACUGUUAUGCAUAUAAGAGCUAACUUACAUUCUCAUUCUAUGGAAAUGUUUGAUAUAUGAAUGUAGAUUUAUCAAAGGCAUAAAUGGGUACUUACUCAUCACCCUGAUAGUAGUCAUAUACAACUAUAAAUUUUUCAUGAGCUCGUCUCUUUCCUGUUAAUCAUGAAGGCUGCCAAAUGUGCACAAAGUGGCAAUUACAGUAACAUUAGCUCAGAAAAUUGGUAUGAUGUCAUGAAUUUUGCAAAGUAAGGUUGCAAUACUAGGCAUGCAUUUAUCUUGCUGUCUUGUAAACAGAAAAGUAUCAUACAUACUUAAUCAUAACAUACUUAAGUAAAUGUGUUCAGUGUUGUAUAAAUAUGCUAUUAUUCUAAAUAUUUUAUAAUUGAUUUUCCACUGAUCUCACUGUAGAUUUUACAUCUUUGCACUAGAUCUAAAAAGGAAAAAAAUUAAGCCAUAUUUGUAUAUAUUUUAUGAAUAUAACAAGGAAAGAAAGCGAAGAAAUUUAAGUAGUUAAUAGAAUUUAUCAAAGCUAUAAAUUACUCCACAGGAUGUGUAUAAAACAUUAUUACAUUGAUUGAAAUGUAUACUAUGUUGUAGCAUGCAUUAACUUAAAUGAAGUAAAUUAUUUGACUUAGGAAACAAUAUGCAAAAGAUUUUUUUUUCCUUAUUAAAUGCUUGUUACCUAAUAACUGUAAUUAAUUAAUAA